GAAAAGAAUCGAUUCCGUUUUGUCGAUCCAUUGUAUAUGUCUUCCGGUUGAAUCUAUCAUCUCUUCAAGAUGGGAAAACCACGUGGAGUUCGUACUGCACGUAAACAUGUGAUUCAUAGACGUGACCAACGCUGGAACGAUAAAGACUACAAAAAGGCCCAUUUGGGGACAAGGUGGAAGGCUAAUCCUUUUGGAGGUGCCUCUCAUGCAAAAGGAAUCGUUUUGGAAAAAGUUGGAGUAGAAGCUAAACAGCCUAACAGUGCCAUCCGAAAAUGUGUGAGAGUACAGCUCAUCAAAAAUGGCAAGAAAAUAACUGCAUUCGUACCUAGAGACGGUUGUCUUAAUAAUAUUGAAGAAAACGACGAAGUUUUAGUUGCUGGAUUUGGACGUAAAGGUCAUGCCGUUGGUGAUAUUCCUGGAGUACGUUUUAAAGUAGUAAAAGUAGCAAACGUUUCUUUGCUCGCUCUUUACAAAGAGAAAAAGGAACGUCCAAGGUCUUAAAUAUUGAAUCACAUCUUUUUUAAAAACUAUGUAAUUUUCAAUAUUAAAUGGUAUUAAUUUAAUUUAUACAAA